UAGGUAAUUUAUCCCAGAGAUUUUUACUGCGUUUUGGUUUCUCGAUCUCUACAAUGAAUACAAGUGGGUAAAGCGGGAAACCUAAAAAGAAAUUACACAUAAAAUACAAAAAAAAAAGACAAAGGAAAAAGAAAAAUAGAUAAAGAAACGACACAUUUAAUAUCACAAAAAUAAAUAAAUAAAAAGACAAAUGUGAAAAACUAUAUCGCCCUUCUCUCAUAAAUCAGUCUUCUUCUUUUCACUCUCCUUCCCACUUCCAGCUUUUCUCCUCGAGUCUCUCUCUCUAGUCUCUCUUUUGUAGCUCCCCCUACAGCUAAUCUCUGCACGUUUCCAUAGAGAGGAAUAUGAGUCUCUCUCCGAGGGAUUUUCACUCUAUCAUCUUAUCCUAAUGCCCUGAGCCAGCCCAAUAACCAAAGAGAAAAAUCAACACUACAGAAGGGAAGAGAUCUUUCUUCUCAUUCUUGAGUCUACUUUGAACAAUGGCGAUUCCAAAGGAGGAAGAAAGUAGAGAAGAGCAUAGCACUUCGUUUCUUCUUGAUGCUCUCUACUGCGAAGAAGAGAAAUGGGACGAUGAAGAAGUAGUUGAAGAGAACUCUUCCUAUUCUUCUUCUUCUUCUACUACUUCUCCGUUCGUUCUUCUGGAGCAAGAUUUGUACUGGGAAGACGAAGAUCUGGUCACUCUCUUCACCAAACAAGAAGAACAAGGACUCAGCUGUCUCGAUGAUGUUUAUCUCGCAACUGAUCGAAAAGAAGCCGUGGGUUGGAUUCUGAGAGUCAACUCUCAUUAUGGGUUCUCUACUUUGGCAGCUGUCUUAGCCAUAACUUAUCUCGACAAGUUCAUCUGUAGCUACAGCUUACAGAGAGACAAACCAUGGAUGCUUCAGCUCGUGUCUGUUGCUUGCCUCUCUCUAGCUGUAAAAGUCGAAGAAACCCAUGUCCCUCUUCUUCUAGACUUUCAAGUGGAGGAGACAAAGUAUGUGUUUGAGGCAAAAACCAUACAGAGAAUGGAGUUGCUGAUUCUGUCUACUCUCCAAUGGAAGAUGCAUCUCAUCACUCCAAUCUCGUUUCUAGACCACAUCAUCAGGAGACUGGGGCUUAAGGACAAUGCUCACUGGGAUUUCCUCAACAGAUGCCACCGUCUCCUCCUCACUGUAAUCUCCGAUUCAAGAUUUGUCGGCUACCGCCCAUCAGUUGUUGCAGCAGCCACCAUGAUGCGAGUCAUAUACCAAGUUGAGCCCUUUGACCCUCUUUCACACCAAACCAAGCUCCUCAACGUCCUUAACAUAACCAAGGAAAAGGUUGAACCUUGCUACAAUCUCAUCCUCCAGGAUCGUAUCGGUUUGCAGAUCGAAACCCAAACUUCCCGGAAACGCAAGAGUCGCGAUUCGCCAUCGUUGAUCUCCCCAAGCUGCGUGAUCGAUUCAAAAUCUUUCAAUGGCGACGAAAGCUCAAAUGAUUCGUGCUUAACGAGUUCGUACACUCCACCAUCGUCGCCGGAGCAAGAACCUCCGGUGAAGAAGACGAAGAAGGAGAAACCGAUUUUGCAUCUGCCAUGGGCAAUCGUAGCCUCUCCGUGAUCGGAGCUUGUCGCCUGUUCUUACCGUUUAAAUAUUAUUACAGUCUUUUAAAACUUGAGAACAAUCUUGUAUUAAGCUCCUCGCUGCAUAUACGAAAUGUCGUGAAUGCCCUCACCGUGCCAUGAGUUGACACAGCGUCAGCGUGUAUGUGGAGGGUAUUCAUGACAUUUGACUGCAUGGGAUGCAGUGAAGAGAAUAGAAAUAACUUCAGGCUUUUGCAAUUUUAUGGGCCUUAGUAAUGUGUUUUAUAAAUUUUAAAGUUUUACAGUAAAAUAAAUUAAAAAUGUUAUUUCUCUCCUAUA